ACUGCACUACCUUGUUCCUAUAACUUGCUAUUUGAUUGUUUCUUUCAGUUCCAAAGCAGGUUUCUAGUGAAAAUGGUUUUGACUGGUAAGAUAGAGACAGAUGUAGAAAUCAAGGCUUCUGCUCCAAAGUUUCACGAAAUGUUCACCCACAAACCACACCACAUUUCCAAUGUCAGCUCCAACAACAUUCAAGGCUGUGACUUACAUGAAGGUGACUGGGGAACAGUCGGUACUAUCAUCUACUGGAAUUACUUCUGUUUGGCUCCAAAACCAGUCUGGCGUGCAAACAAUCUCUUUUGA